AUGCGCUCGAAAAGCACAAAACAAGUUACGAAACCAGGAAAAUGCGAUGCUGCUGGGAAACAACGUCGCAUUCAACCACAUGUUCAACCGCGACUCGAGUCCCCGCAGAACAGUACUGAUGUCUCGAUCAUAUUGAUCACAUAUCAGAAGAACAAAAAUCCGCCCAUGCUUACCCGCUCUACCCCGAGGGGACCCCUCCAGGUCAUCAACGCCACCACUCACACACCCUCUCCUUCUCCCUGCACCGCCUAUUUCAGUAACAUUCCCAGGAUCCCAGCCAACCCUCACGUAUGGAGGAUUUACUCCGUAGAUUCCAUCGUCAUGGCACGAAUCACCGCCACACCCUACUCCCCUGGAUCCCUCCCCGGCUCAGCCAUCUCACUGCCUCCAUCCUUUGCGACCCGCCUGAAUGCUGAACGCUGA